AUUCGACAAUGAGCGAACGAGACCGAAUAAGCGGCGGUGAAUAUUAUGUUGGAAAUACAACAAAAUAUCGAUUAAUAAGGAAAAUUGGCGGUGGUAGUUUCGGCGACAUUUAUUUAGCUGUAAACGUACAAACUGGCGAAGAAGUUGCCGUCAAAAUUGAAAGCUGUAAAGCAAGACAUCCGCAAUUGUAUGGCGAAAGUAAAGUUUAUAGGAUACUACAGGGUAACCAAGGUACCGGGAUAGCACGACUACGAUGGUUCGGUCAGUAUGAAAAAGAAUUUUUAGCCCUGGUUAUCGAUCUUCUUGGACCAAGUCUAGAGGAUUUAUUCAAUUUCUGUCAGAGAAGAUUCUCGACUAAAACCACACUUAUGAUUGCUGACCAGGCCAUAAGUAGAAUAGAGUAUAUUCACCAAAAGAACUUUAUACAUAGGGAUAUUAAACCAGACAACUUCCUUAUGGGCACUGGACACUCUCUUAAUAGACUAUUUAUUGUCGACUUUGGUCUCGCAAAAAAGUAUAGAGACCCGAGGAGUAAACAGCAUAUUUCUUUUCGAGACGAUAAAAACUUGACUGGUACAGCCCGCUACGCCUCUAUUAACGCUCACCAAGGUGCCGAACAAUCUAGAAGGGACGAUAUGGAAAGUCUCGGAUAUGUAUUAAUGUACUUUCUAAGAGGAUCUCUCCCCUGGCAAGGCUUGAAGGCGAACACGAAAAAGCAGAAAUACGAAAAGAUUUCAGAAAAGAAAAUCGCCACUCCCGUUGAAGUUCUUUGCAAAGGAUAUCCGGCUGAAUUUAGUAUGUAUAUUAACUACUGUAGAGGCCUUCGAUUCGAAGAAUGUCCGGAUUAUAUGUAUUUGAGACAGUUGUUUAGAAUUUUGACAAGAACUUUGAAUUACGAAUACGACAAAAAGUUUGAUUGGACUAUACUUAGAGAGCAGGCAGCGGCCAAAGUAGCAGAAGAACACAGAAAAAGGGCAAACGCCCUAACGCCUAUACAAAGAGAGAGAACUCAAAUGAAUAGAAUGAAAGCUAGUACUAGGGAUUUAACUGGCAUCUGA